GUGUAUGUGUGUGUGUGUGUGUGUGUGUGUGUGCGCUGAGUCUUGUGUGGUUACGCGGUACACAAAAUUGACAAUUCUUUGAUACACUUUUUCGGGCGGUAAAACGAAGAGGAGAGGAUUGCAGAAGACCGAUACGGAGGCUCGUCGCAGGAAGCGAGACAAUGUAAUGUGGAAUCGAGAUCGGCUGAAACCGGGGCCGUAAACAGCCGGUUAGGGUUAGGUUGUCUCGUCAGGGUGACGUUGGGGAAUCGGCGGAAUUUCGCUUAUCGCACCUCGACACCUGUUAACGCGAAUCUUUCUUCGCACUCGGCGUACUCUCUCGUUCCGUAUCGAAACAGAGAGAUAGUUUUAAAUGCAUUAGUGCGUGAAGUCGGCUUCCACGAUUUCCGCCUGGGGACAAGUAUUUGAAUGCGAUGUCAUGAGAAGAAGAAAGUAAGACAAGAUGAGUUGUUCUGUAGAAUUACGCCAGCGUAGACAACAGGGGAUGGCGGAGGAUCCUCAUAAACUAGCGGCGAUGAUGAAUAAAUCUCAAAGACUCGUACUGGGACUUUUAAUUCUACUGCUGGUUGACAUAAUUUGGGUGUCAAGCUCCGAACUUACAAAAUAUAUUUAUAGGGAUGCAACCUUUAAAAAGCCAUUUUUUAGUACAUAUAUAAGGACAUCUAUGUUUACAUUUUAUUUGCUCGGCCUGUGCUUUUGGCCACCUUGGCGGGAGCAAUGUAAUAGACCUGCAACAUAUAUGUUCAUAGAUCCUAACAUUGAAGAUGACAAUUUCUAUGUGGAAGCUAAUACGAGUCUAAGCGAUCCAACAUUUGUUCCCAUAAAAACACCGGAUCAUUGUGACCGCUCGUCGGGUACAGAAAGCGACGAUUCGUCCAUCCGUUCUGUGAGAUUUAGUAAACUGGCCGAGGUGCGUCAUAUGUCGGAAAGCGAUGCCACGGAAGCUCUAUUGGCACGGCUCAGUUAUCAAGCCAGCGUCAGGGCUGGGGAACACGCAAGACGGCAGGCCAAUAAAUUCUCUGUACAAAAAGUGGCCAAGAUAGCCCUCAUGUUCUGCUUGUUUUGGUUCAUGGCAAAUUACCUGUACCAGAUAUCGUUGGAGCUGAUCGAGGAUAAAAUCGUGGUCGUACUGUCGUCGACGUCUAGUUUAUUCACUUUAUUUCUCGCCACUUUCUUCCCCAGUAAUGGGGAUAAGAUUACCCUGUCCAAAUUAGCUGCCGUACUUGUCAGCAUCCUUGGACUAAUAUUAGUCGGCAUCUCGGAUUUAACUGUAAAAAACAAUAGCAUGUCGAUGGGCAUAAUAUUAGCUCUAGUCAGUGCUUUUUUUUAUGCUGCGUAUAUCGUAUUUUUAAAGAGAAAGGUAGAUCACGAGGAUAAGAUGGAUAUACCAAUGUUUUUUGGUUUUGUGGGAAUAUUCAAUUUAACGCUUCUGUGGCCUUUAUUCUUUAUCCUUCAUUACGGUCAUUGGGAGGAAUUCGAAUGGCCCAAUAGUCACCAGUGGACAUUCCUAAUUAUAAACGGCCUGAUUGGUACAGUCCUAAAUGAAGUUCUUUGGCUAUGGGGUUGCUUUUUGACGUCGUCUCUAGUAGCGACAAUGGCUGUAAGCUUAACAAUGCCCAUGUCAAUGGUAGCUGAUGUCCUUUUGAAAAAAGUUGAAUAUCCCUAUAUUUUCUAUUUUGGAAGCAUUCCAAUGUUUUUGGCAUUUUUGGCGGUGUCCCUUUUAUCUUAUUAUGAUAAUUGGGAUCCUGUUAUGAACAUGAUGAAAAGAUUUUUUAUCUGGAUUUGCAGAAAAAACAGAUCUACAAGAAUUCCAGAUCUUGAAGCGGAACAAACAGAAUCCUUAAUAGGGAUAGAUAGCGGUGAUCAUGAAGCUUAAUAAGACAAUAACAAGAGAAUCAAGAACACGGUAAAACAUCUCGUAUAUAUACAGGGUUUCCCUGCAUUUACCUAACCGACAAAUUACGAGAGAAUAUUCUAUAAAUGGAAAUAAGAAAAAAAUGUUAUACAGGGUAUUUUAUAGGAAUUGCUGAAACUA